AUGGUUGGAGGAAGCCCCAUGCAGGCGGUGCUCAUGGCGCCCGGGGUGAAGGACAGGAAAGUGAUGGCCUUCAGGCGGGACGCGCUCAAGGACAAGGACGCCGUCGCCGCGCUCAUCCGCGACAUGGUCGCCGCCGCCGGAGGCCCCAGGAGCGCCUUCCACGUCCUGGACCUCGCCAGGGUCGUCGACCUCCACAGGGGCUGGCGCCGCUCGCUCCCCGCCGUCCGCCCCUUCUACGCCGUCAAGUGCAACCCCGACGGCGCCAUGCUCGCCGCGCUCGCCGCGCUCGGCGCCGGCUUCGACUGCGCCAGCCGCGCCGAGAUCGAGGCCGUCCUCCGCCUCGGCGUCCAGCCCGGCAGCAUCGUCUACGCCAACCCGUGCAAGCCCGACGCGCAUCUCGAGUACGCCGCCGAGAUCGGUGUCAACCUCACCACGUACGACGCCGAGGAGGAGGUGGCCAAGGUCAAGCGGUGCCACCCUCGCUGCGAGCUGCUGCUCCGCAUCAAGGCGCCCGACUCCGGCGACGCCAAGGUCGACCUGGGGCUCAAGUACGGCGCCAACCCGGAGGAGGUGCUGCCGCUGCUGCGCGCCGCCCAGCGGGAGGGCGUCACCGUCGCCGGCGUCUCCUUCCACGUCGGCAGCGGCGCGUCCCGCGCCGACGUCUACCGCGGCGCCAUCGAGGCGGCGCGCGCGGCGUUCGACGCCGCGGCGGCCCUCGGCAUGCCGCCCAUGCGCAUCCUCGACAUCGGCGGCGGGUUCAUGGCCGGCCCGACGUUCGACGAGGCGGCGGCGGUCAUCAACCGCGCGCUCGAGCGCUACUUCGGCGACCUGCCGUGCGUCGAGGUGAUCGGCGAGCCCGGCCGGUACUUCGCCGAGACCGCCUUCACGCUCGCCGCGCGCGUCAUCGGGAAGCGCGUCCGCGGCGAGCUGCGCGAGUACUGGAUCGACGACGGCCUCUACGGCUCCCUCAACUGCAUCCUCAUGGACCACUACGUGCCGCGCCCGAGGCCGCUCGCCGGCGCGCGCCACGGCGAGGAGACGCACGCCUCGACGGUGUUCGGCCCGACCUGCGACUCCCUCGACACGGUGGUGACCGGGUACCAGCUGCCGGAGAUGAGCGUCGGCGACUGGCUCGUCUUCGACGACAUGGGCGCCUACACCACCGCGGCUGGCUCCAACUUCAACGGAUUCGCCACGUCGGACAUAAAGAUCUACCUGGCAUACUCCAGCUAGGCAGCCACGUCGGCAACAACAUACAAUCCGCACAUAUACACACACAAGUUCAUUAAUUUGUUGUAUCAAAUUACGUAAUAGUAG